GUGAAACACACUUUAUAUCUGCCACUGCAAAUAGCAGAGGAUUUCACUACGCAUCCAUUCGCAACUGUCAUGGACUAAUAACAACUGCGAUUACGCAGCUAUUCAUGAGAUCAAACAUAUUUGGCUGAAAUGAAUUUUCUACGUAACCGUCUUGUUGUGCUGGGCCUGGUGUUGCUGGCCACUGUGCUGUUGUACCUGCUACUGCCGUCCAUUCGUCAGGGCAGCAUGGAGCCUUCCCUGGAUGUCCAGAGGAUGGGCUUGGUGGCUGUCUCUCCUCCUCCGCCUCCGGCCAUCAAUGUGUCCGUCCGCACGGGGCAGCUGCCCGGGGACCCUCCACUCUUCUUCAGGGAAGCUUUGCCGGUCGAUGGAUCUGGUAGGCAGAUACUGCCCAGGCUGCAAGUGGUCCUUCUCCAUGGCCAAGCUUUCUCUUCCAAAACCUGGGAGGAACUGGGCACCCUGGCCUUACUGGCCACAAACGGAUACCAGGCCUUGGCUGUGGACCUACCAGGAUUUGGGAACUCUCCAGACUCGGAUGCUGUGAAGACAGACCAGCAUCGGGUGGACCUUCUGGGCAGGUUUAUGGAGGCGCUUGGUGUGAGGACAGCGGUGCUGCUCAGCCCCUCUAUGAGCGGCCACUACUCCAUCCCCUUCCUCAUGAAACACAGUGCCCAGCUGCACGGCUUCAUCCCCAUAGCCCCAGUAGGAACCCGCAGCUACACCCCUCAGCAGUACCAGGGCAUCCAGACUCCUACUCUGAUUGUGUUUGGAGCGCUGGACACCAACCUGGGGGCCCAGUCCCACAAGAACCUCAUGCAGCUCCCUCACCACUCAGUCCUGAAGAUGGAGGGGGCGCGCCAUGCAUGCUACAUGGACAAACCUCGGGAGUUCCACCAAGCGCUGCUGGACUUUCUCAGCAAACUGGAGUGAGACGGGGAGGAGGAAGAUAGAGGGAAGGAAAGAAGAGAGAAACAGGGUUGUGUUUGCGUGGAAGUGGAGGAGUGAUACGCAAAUAAGAAAAAGGGAAAGUAGUCCUCUUGGAUAAUAGGGCAAAGGCUGCUUUUGAUAUUACAAAUUACCCCGGGCCCCCUAGUUACUCUGGUAGAGUGGCUUACCAUGGCCCCUUACCCACCCUGGUAGAGUGGCUUACCCCAGGCCCCUAGCCACCCUGGUAGAGUGACUUCCAUUACGAUGCUUUUGUUGACAUCCCAUCAAAUCGAGAGCAACUCUAAAAGAAGUUUACUCUUUGAGUUGAGCAUGUAGUACAGAAUAUAUGCAAAUUCAAAGACUAGAAGCAAAGACUGUUGAGUUUUAUUCUACAGGCAUCAUUAUUGGUUCCAUGAUGAAGAUCAACAUCAGUGAGUUGAGAUGAGAUGAGGACAAUGAGGUUAAAGAAGAUCUAAGGCGAUAGUACCAGGGUCGUAUUCAUUCGUGCACACUGUAGCAAAGUGUUUGGUAACAGAACACAAAAACAAGUGUUUUUUAUUGGACUAGUUCAGGUAGUCCCUUCCUGUUUCAUCCCUUUUGCUUCUGUUUGGUUAAUAGUGCAUACGAACGACCCUGUUUAGAGAAAUGACCUGUGAAAUUUGUGAGAUCUGUUAAAAAAAAUCAAAUGUACGUUUUUUUGUUGAGAUAGAAUCAAUGGUUGCCAUUUCACAACUGGAUCUCAUUGUACAGAAACUUGGAUAAAGACUAACAAUAACAUUAAGAUAUUUAUUUAUAGACUUCAGCUCCCUGUUGCAGCAUGUUCAUGUUCAUUCUGAAUUUCUUGCUGAAGUGUGUGUGUGUGG